AUGUCUGUGAAUUCUGUACCUACAAAUUUGAUAAGUGCAACUAUAGAAAAAGAGAGCUUCUACCAUGGAUUGAUGCCUCGAGAAGACGUUCGACUGAUUCUGGAUAAAAAUGGACAAUUCCUGGUCAGAAUGUCAGAACAAAGCAUGGAGAACCUCGAUCAUAUAUUCUAA